AUGAAAGAAGGAUAGGUAGGAAGAGGGGAAAUAAAAAAGAAAGAAAAAUUGAAAGAAUCCAACAAAAAAUAAAAAAAUUUCCACAUAUUUAAAAAAUAUAGUAAGAAAGAAAAAAAAAAUCAAUAUUAGUAUAUAUCUUUAAAAAAAUAGAGCAAUAAAACAAAGAAAAACACAAAAUAAAUAACAAAAAAAAAGAAAACAUAAUAGUGCCUUUUUGGCAAUAGAAAAGAGAAAGGAAAUCAAAAAAAAUAUAUUUUGCAUCAAUACCAAAAAAUGAGUUUAGUGAUGCAACCUCUCGUUAUCAAAGAUGAGGUUAAACAAGAAAAUGUCAUCAUCGAAUAGCCUAAUCCUGUCAAGAUUCCUAUUCCAGUCGAUACUCAACUUGUUUCUUAAGCUAAACAAAUCGCCUAAACUUUAUCUGCAGCUGCUACCUCUACUUCUUCUGCUUCUUCUUUAACUUAGCAAAAUACUUCUUAGUAGGGUUCUUCUGCUUCUAUUUCCAAUUAAUAGACUACUAUUUCUGCUCCUACCUAAAAUACACAACAGACCAUUAAAGCAAGCAUAAUUUAAUCAACUUCUGCUACUACUCCUACUCUCAAAACCUAGAAAUCUUUCAACCCAACUGAGAGCUACUUGUCUAACUUUACUGCACCUCCCGUUAAUCCUACUUAAGGAAACACAAAUGUCAUCGUAGGUUCAUCCAGUAGUCGUAUAGGAUAGAAUGGGAUUGGAUCAUCCUCUAUUUUCUCUUCACUUGCAACUACAUUUAAGCCCUCUUAGAAUACUACUACACAGGCUAUAAUCGCUCCUUCAAAUAAUACCUCUACCUCUUCAGGUGUUUAAGCAAAUAAUUUAGGAGACUCCGCUGAUGUAGCAAAUUUCACUAACCACAUUUUCUCUUAGCCUUACUUAUUCUACUAGAGCAAUAAUAUGAAUAUCCCUCAAUUAGAGGCAUCCAUGGAUGAUUUGUAUACCGUCUUUACCUUCAUCGUUCCAAACAAACCAUACCCAAAUAACUCUACAAACUCCUAGUUACAAAAAAAUAAUAGUAGCAGUAGUAAUAAUAAUAACAACAGCAAUAAUCCUAGCUCUUCAGCAAAUGGUAGCUCAACUAGCACAAACGCAGCUACUGGAAAUGUAAAUACAACACCAUUGAUUAACAAUAGCACUAAAGCUAAUGGUGCCUAUACAAGCUAUAACUCAUCCAACAAUUUAAGUUCCUUAUCAAGUAACUCUAAUACACCUAUAAUUUAGCACUCUUCACUUUUAAAUGCCUCCUCUAACUUAGCAAACUCAAAUAAUACAACAACCAGCAGCAUAUCACCAAAAGGAUUCUAAAAGAGCGUCGAUGGAUCUAGUAAGUCACACAGAAAUAGCUUUAGCAGCGCAACCACUACCCCUAAAGUUCCUCACUUCGGACUCUCUGGGUAGAAUAAAGAAGAAAGAAAGUCAAGCGCAAAAGGCUAGAGUCUAGUUGAUAUUAUUAAGCAGCAAUGCACUGAAGACGAAAAAAGAAAGAAAUCUGAUUCCAUUCCAACAUUUAAUAACUUGGGAUCUGGCUUCAAAAGUAACUUCAAUUCAUCGAGUAACUUAGGCAGUUUGACCCAACUUCCAAUUGGUGGAUUAAGUUAAACAUCUAUCACCAGUUUACUCAACUUAUCAUUGAAUCAAUUAAAUAAUAAUGCUACUAACAACCCAAGCGGAUUUAAUCCAGUUAAUUCUACUAAUUUUGGUUUAAAUAAUUCUAGUUAAAAUAAUAAUGAUAUUAUGGAAAGUGAAGAAGCUGCCGCUAUCGCAUUUUUACAGUAAUAAAUUAAGCAAGAAUAGCAAUAGUAAGCUGUAAAGCAAGAACUUCAAAUACAAGAGAGUUAAUCAUAGCUAAAUGCCAUGGCUGAUGAAGAGGAAGAAAAAGUAGUCAUGCCCGAUUCUAAUGAUGAUGACGAUGAAGAAUGCGAAGAAGAAGCUGAAGAUGAUGACAAAAAAUCUGGAGAAGAUUCAGGUAAUGACGAAGAUGAAGAAGCUCGUUUGAUCCGUGAAAUUAAGGAAAUGAAAAAGAAAAAAGCUGGAGGAUAGUCUAUGUUUGCAAAGAAUUUCAAAAAAGAUGGUAGUUUCCUCUUUGGUGGCGAAGGUUAAGAUGGUGAUAUCUUUGAUUUUUGUGAAGAAAAGCUUGGUGGCGGAAGCAAAAAGUAAAAGAAAAACGGCAGUGGAGGACAUAAAAAUAAAUUUGAUACUAAAAACUUAGUUAAAAAUUUCCUUAACUCCUUCAUUUCUUUUGCUCAUCACCCUGAUGAGGAAGCUGCUAUCAUAGAUGUUUUAGGCUUUGAAAGUAGUCCUUAACUCAAUGACUUCCGCAGCAAUCUCCGUAAUUUUUUCAAAGGAAAAAAAUUCAACCGUGUUCUCUUAAAAGAAUUUAUCUUUGAAGAUUUAUUUAGACCUCUCUUCCUCUUCUUCCUUGAAAACAGAGCACUUAAUUGGAUUGAAAGUGGAAGAAUGAAAGAUAAGGCCUCUCAUUUACGUGCACUUAAAAAUUUCAUAUUCGUCUGCUAGCAUUACGAUUAAAUUAAAUCAUGGCGCUUUAGAUACAAUUUUGUAUAAAACUGA